AUGUCGACAACAUCAUCGAGCAGCAGCGCUAGUCCUCGGCCAAUGCGGCACGAAGUUGAGAUGUAUGCGCAUGCGCUGCGCACUCGUCUUCAGUUUGCUUCGUUCAAGGCACUGAACGGCGUCGGCAAGACAUCUCUCUCGGACCUCACAUCUACUGGCCAAGCUGCCGUACAGCCACUGACACCAAGUCUCGCAUCUAACCAUCAAAUGGUAGAUCAGCCUCAAUCCAGUUCAUCAUCAGCCACCACGCCAGCGCUCUCCCAAGGAGAGUCGCUGCCUUCUUCAUCGCAGUCGUCCACUCGAUCCACUCGAUCUAUCUACCUCGAUAUCUUUGGAACCGAUUUUCGUUCCACUACCACCCCUACUCCUUCGUCCUCAAAAGCGCUGUCUCGAGCUUCAUCGUUUGCUUCCGCUUCAAACGCAUCCAAGCGUCUAUGUUCCUCUUCGAUGUCGACUCGGUCAUUACUGGACAAGGCCGCAUCCUCACCCCAGCUCGGAUCGCCGGAAAGGAAGAACGGUCACUUUGACUGGCACAACAAUCCAACCCCAGCCAUGGUUGCACACGAGACCAAGCUCGCCGCCGAAGAAUCAUUUGCUUUGCCGACGGGGUCGCCCUCCAAACGUCGCAGAGAGGCAAGCUACAAUGCUUCCUCCUCGUCCAACAACCCACUGCUCAACACACCCCGCAGAUCAAGAAUGCAGAGCUGUGGUGGCUUUCUGCCCAAUGGUCACCCGGCAUCCUCGCUCGCCCAAGACCUGGGUCUCACCGCACCACGUACGCCUCGUUCGCGCCAUGCAUCGGGUCGACACGUCUUUGCUAGUCCGCCUCCACCGCUUGCUGGCGGUGACCAAGACCAAGCCGAACGAGACCGCGUCGCGAGCCUACUAGCCGCGUUAGCCGAAGCACGAAAUGGCAACAGUGGUUCCGAUUCCAGUUCCGGCAGUGAUCGACCACACACGCCACCUCUGGCGUCUUCGUCGACGCAUCUGCAGCAGGCGCUGGCGAUCGGAGCUGCCAGUCCAUCGUUGCGACGCAAUGACACACUGGCACGGCCCAACAGCUCGCACAAUCCCAAGAGGCACAAACGCAAUGUUUCGUGGAGUGUCUUGCCCCCGGACUUGCACAAGGCAGACGACAGCAGCAGCAGGGUGGUGAAUGACGCACCGCAGGCUGAAGCAGAAGGCACAGGUGACGACCGGGCUGCAGCGGAUUACCUUUUGUUCCUCGCUUCGUCGCCGUCGCCUUCGUCAAUCAAGAGAUUUAGCGCGGAUGUCGAGACAGUGAGCUCGAACGGUAUUCUCUCGACACCUUCGCAGACAUCGCUGUGGGAUCCAUUUAACAGCAACAGCGGCGGCGGCGGCGAUGGUCGUCGAAGCCGACUGCAGAGUAGCAAUGGUGAGAGCUUUACUGGGCCGAGACACACGAACCUGCCAAUGUCGACUACGCCUCUCACGCCUCCACCGUCGGCGCGCAAACUGGGCAAGCCAUGUUUGUCAGCUAGCUACGAGAGCCAAGGUAUGGUUGGGCUUGGGUUCGAUCAACACACGCUGUGCUCUGCAACGUCGACGGCGACACCUUCGAAACGUGCUGCUAACGCGCUAGAGUAUAUGGAGCGACGGCGUAACUCGGCAGCGCAAGCGUCGCCAUGCACGCCUCCUCGGACGACGUCGCACUUGUCGUACAGAUCAUCGAGGACGAGCAGCGGCUCGUCGAAUCCGGACUCGGGCUCGCGAGGCUUGGCGACCACACCGCCGAAUGCGCCCGGCGCGCCCGGAGGCGAUACCACGUUCCAUUAUGCCGACUUUGUCAAUGUCUCGCCGAGCCCGCAGCCUCCGUCCGCGGGUAGAUUCACCAGUGUCAGCACAUAUCUUGCGCAUGCUGCUACUAGGACCCCCACAAAGAUGAACAGGCACGCGUUCGAGUCCCGACGCACAUGA